CGUGGCCGAGCGAGGCCAUGGCAUCUUGGCAUCUAUGUCGUGUAAAUGGGGGCUUCAUGGCAUUGAUCUCAUAUUUUCUCUUGGUGAGAUUUUGAGCAUCAACACUUCCCCCCCAGUCUAGGAGAGUACCUUUAGGUGCUCUUGUAGACUAUUCACCUUGGUUCUUAUAAAUAGGCCUUCAUGCAUGGCUUAAUAUAUCCACCUUACUUCCUUGGCUUAGUGGUUUGGAGAACCCUUCCUUUUUCAAGAGGUAAGGGGUUCAAUCCCCCACAACCCCAUUUUUGCCAUAGUUUCAUUUGUUUUAUUUUUUCACUUCACUUCAUUUCAUUUUUUUUUUACAUAUGAGCUAAUUUUUUGGUGUGUCUAUUUAGUGACUAACACAUCCGUUUUGCCUAUUUUUGCAGACGUGCAUUUUCUACCAUUUUGGUGCUUUUGGCCCUCGUCCUCCUUUUUUUGGUCUCGACAGCCUCCAAUUUCUACAUCUUGAGGUAUGUUCUCUUUUUCCCUGGUUUUUGUUAGGUUCACAUAAGCGUUACUCGGGAUGGGGUACCUUGGCCUGAGCUUGUAGUGAGUUUGACCAUAUGCAUGCCCCUCCUCUUUUUUUUUUUAUACCCUGUAGUGGGUCAUUUAGGGCGUUUGCAUCUAGAGAUAUUAAGCCUAUUCCUUUGUAUUUUGCAGCCUUUCCCUCAUUUAUACGUGAACCCCUUUUUGUUGUUGGGACGAUGUCUCAUGGCCAGUGACGGCCCGUCCGACAUACCCUUAGGGCCUGAGUUUAUUGACCUGUCCUCAGACUCAGAGUCCCCUGAGGGCAACCCUCACCAGGACUAUGACUCCUUAAGGCAGGCCCGCAUCCGCCACCUUGAGUACAUGGAUGACCUUAGGCGUAAAAUUUGGGUGGUGGAGAGCGAAAUUGACUCGGUGUCGAGAGGAGACGGAGGACCCUCCCCCCCAGACCUUAGUGACCAUGUAGCGAGCCUUAGGAUGACCCUUUUUGAAUUGCAGUGGGAGUUAGAGUUUAUGGAGGGACACCUUCCGCCUGAGCCUUCCAGCCCAUCCUCGCUUGAUGACUGUCAGGGGGCUGCUUCUACUUCUCCUCAGCCCCUAGUCUCAAUUUGUCCUAGCUUAGCACUUCUGCAGUCGCUCCCUCGAUGGAAGACUCUUGCUAGGAAGAAAAAAUGGAGGGUCAAGUGUUCUGUCUCUUCCUCACAUUUUUCUUUUGAUUUUGGAGAUAUGCCGAAGGCACGCUGACAGGUAUCUACCCAAGAGCAGGAUGACGCCCCUUUACUAGCGUCUGAGCUGGUGUCGCGCGUGUCCGAAAACAAACUGAUGGACAUCGUGAAUGACUAUCGCGUCCCUCCAGAUUAUGCUCUAUACGCCCCUUAGGAGGCAUACCGGGCCGACCGCCCUAGGCUCGGCUUCGUGGCCCUCAGCGAGCAAAUUCUAAAAGCGGGUGGUACCAUUUUGCUGCACCCGUUCUUUGUUGCAGUCCUCAACUACUUCGAUCUUGCCCCGCUUCAGCUGGCACCCAAUGGCUAGCUGACUUUGAGCUGCCUUUUCAUUGCAUAUAUGAAACUGUUGAAACGCGCCCCUACGGCCAUCGAGGUACAUUUUCUCUACAACCUCAUGCCCCUCCACAAUUCAAAAGGCUUUUACUACUUACAAAAAGCCAACAAUGGGGCCUCUUUGAUAGAGGGUUCGGUGUCUAACCCGGAGGCUUGGAAGCGGGAAUUUUUCUUCAUGGAAGGUCCCCUCUCUGUCCGUGAGGAUUUCCGGACCACUCCCAGUAAGUACUCUGAGCAUCACUUUCUCUUUUUUUUUUUUGUAUGUUGUUUUUUUAUUUUUUUUUAUUUUUUGCAACUUAUGGUUUCGUGCCUUACGCUCACACCAACUAUGGCUCGUAUUGUGCAGAGCGAUUCGCCGAACCCUCCGUCGUCGGGUUGGAAGCGAGAGACAUGAGACGGUCCCUCAACGCUGAACCUACCAGGAAAGAGGCGGCGCGCCUUUUCACCAUAAAGAAUCUACUGCCACAAGCUAUCUCUCGUCUCUGACCCCAAGUUGCUGUGGACCAUCUCUGGGUCCACAAAGAUGAAGGAGACCUUGGCUGAGCCUUGCCCGGAUGACGAUGAGGAUGAGGAGGGGCCGGAUGAAGCCCCCCUUGAUCGCGGGGGAUUCCACCAGCAGCCUCCAUCUCUUGGGGGGUGCCCUCCAUGUGCUCCCUAUGAUCUGGACAUAGCCCCUCCCUCACAAGACCAGCAGGACAUUCCGGGGUGUAGUGUUUACCCUGACCCUGAGGGCCACGAUGCCUUCACUCAAGCUCCUCUCGACCUUGGAUCGCCGGGGGCUGAUUACGUCGGCCUUCCGGACCCCCCUUUUGAUCAAUCAGAGCCUCGGCUUUCCAUUUUCACCGUGCCCCCUCCCGCAUCGGCAAGUGGGUCGCCUGUCCCCAUCCAGCCAGGUGCCCCUGUUACGGAUGGGGAGCCCUGGGUGACUCGGAUGGCAAUGUCGUUCGGACAGCGAUACAUCCAGCUUGCCUCGAGCCUCCCUGUAUCCGACUGGAAUGGCCUUGGGAACGUGACCCAGGCGGACCUUGGGGAGAACCUAAGGCGCUCCAUGGCUUGGGCCUAUACGUUGGCUAUGCGGUUUGCCGACUCGUCUAACAACCUCUCCGCGUCUGCUGCUGAGAGGAACUGCCUUACAACCCGAGUGCAGGAGCUUGAGGAAGAGCUUAAUGAAACCAAUGCUAAGUUGUCAAAGGUCCGGACCAAAUUUUCCAACUUGUCAUCGAAGAGGAAGGAAGUAAAGGCCAAGACCAAGAGGCUAGAGGACAAGGUUACUCACUUGGAUUGUGAACUCCAGGAAGCCAAGGCCACCGCGGCCGCCUCGCAGCAGAGAGUUACCCAGUUGGAGGCCGAAGUCGAGGCCCUCAUGGCCGAACUUCAGUCGGCGCAGGAAAGGAGUGCUUCCUUGGAGGCGGAGAGGGCUACCAUCGAGCGCAGGUCCGUAGACCGUGCCCUCUACAACGUGUGGAGGCAGGACCCUAACUUCGACUUCUCUUCUUUUGAUGAACAUGUCGUUGCUCGAGUGGCCCUGUGGAGCGCCCAUGGUAGGAGGCCCUGAAGCAGUCAUGUCCUAACUUUUGUUAGCUAGCCUACCAUGGGUGUAUGCUCUUUCUUUUUUUUUGUACUUCGGGCCUUUGUAAUAUGACUGUCAUUACUAUUUUCCUUUGGUAACUCUUGUACUAUUUUCAAGACCUUCUUUUUCAUUGUAUAUAUACAUGUGUUGUUAUUUAUAUUUUAUUCUACUGCAUUUGAG